AUGGUCUUCAGCCGUCUGGCUGAGUAUCUGCCCACCUCCGGUCAAUCUCCUCUCAACUAUACCGACAAUGGGGGCGAGCAGUCGGCGGUUAGUAUGCAGGGCGUCACAGGACGGCAGGAAGAAGGCUUUCGGACGGAUACAGACCCCGGCGUCUCUCCUACCACAGCGAUAGAGGAUGCGCCAAUUUACCGUGCGCCCUAUCUGCACGCCAUGUUGGCUGGCGGCUUAGGAGGCACAAUGGGGGACAUGUUGAUGCAUAGUUUGGACACGGUCAAGACGAGACAACAGGGCGAUCCGCAUCUGCCACCCAAGUAUGCCACCAUGGGCAACUCGUACUGGACGAUCCUACGGCAGGAAGGCGUUGCACGAGGACUGUACGGUGGUGUCACGCCCGCUUUCUUGGGUUCCUUCGCUGGUACCUUUAUAUUCUUUGGGGCAUACGAAUGGAGCAAGCGCUUCAUGCUGGAUCACGGCGCACCUGGCACCAUGGCCUAUCUUUCAGCUGGCUUCUUCGCAGAUCUGGUCAUCAGUCCACUCUACGUCCCAACGGAGGUGUUGAAGACGAGACUACAGCUGCAAGGAAGAUACAAUAAUCCCUACUUCAGCUCUGGGUACAACUACCGCUCUACGAUGCACGCGCUGCGUACGAUCUACCGAACGGAAGGGCUCGGAGAGUUCUUUUCUGGGUAUAAAGCGACCAUCUAUCGUGAUCUGCCAUUCUCCGCCGUUCAGUUUGCUAUCUAUGAGCAGGAACAGCGGAUUGCGAAGAAGUGGGCGGGUCAAGGACAGGACAUUGGGCUGCCCUUGGAGAUCUUCACUGGGUUCAGCGCGGGCGGCAUAGCAGGAGCGUUGACAUGCCCUAUGGAUGUUGUCAAGACGCGCAUCCAGACCGAGCUGGAUCCUGCGGUCGUUGCUGCCGCGAGACAACAGAAGCAGGUGAAGAUGGAUUCUAAAGCAGCUACUCCUGGAUCUACGACAGCAGCGGUGGUUCAGCGGCCGAGCACAGCAUCCGCUUCGGCCCCUCAGCAUCAGCGACAAGCUAUCUCGACCACCAGCCCGAGCACGACGCUCAAACGGCAUGGCCAGGUCAGCUUGGACACCGAGUCGGUCAUGAAAGCGCUUCGGAUCAUCUACAGAACCGAAGGAUUGGCCGGCUGGUUUCGAGGAGUGGGCCCACGGUUCGUCUGGACGGGUAUGCAGAGCGGAACAAUGCUGGUGAUCUAUCAGAAGCUGCUCAAGUGGUUUGAGCUCCAUCCGAUUAUGGGAGAUGGCAACACAGGACUGCGAGGUGUAAGAGCGUAG